UAUCGCAAGAGAGCCCGUGGAAUAUCGCAAGGAGGGCCGUGGAAUAUCGCAAGAAGGGCUUGUGAAAUAUCGCAAGGAGGGCCGGGUAAUAUCGCAAGAGAGCCCGUGGAAUAUCGCAAGGAGGGCCGUGGAAUAUCGCAAGAAGGGCUUGUGAAAUAUCGCAAGGAGGGCCGGGAAGAAGGCGCGUAUCAACCGGGAGCGAAGAUGUGGCGGACGAUGCUUCUGCUCGCUGCGAUGUGCGCCGCAGGUCGCGCGGGAGGGAAGGACUGCGUGGCCAGGCGCUUCGGGCACGGCAGCGCCGUGUGCGUGUGCAACGCCACCUACUGCGACACGGCGGGCGGCGGGCUGGGGCGGCUGCCCCCGGGGGCCGCGCGCCGCUUCGCCUCCACCAAGGACGGCGGCCGGCUGGUCGCGUCCGUCUCCCGCUUCUACGCCACCCCACACGUCGCCCGGGUGCGCAGGAAGCCCGUGGCCGGGGCGGCCUUCAAGGUCAACCAGCGGCAGAGGUACCAGCAGAUCAUCGGGUUCGGGGGCGCGGCGACAGAUGCCGCCACCAUCAACACGUACUCGCUCAGCGCGCGCACCUCCGAGCAGCUCAUCAGGGCGUACUUCGGGGAGGAGGGGAUAGGCUACACCCUGAUCCGAGUGCCCGUGGGCAGCUCGGACUUCUCCGCCCACUACUACGGCUACACCGACGACUACCCAGAAGACACCUCUCUUCGACACUUCAACCUCUCCAGGGAAGACUUCGAGUACAAGAUACCUUUCAUCUCGCGGGCGAAGCAAGUCAGUCCCUCUCCAUUGAAGCUGAUAUCAACUCCUUGGAGUGCCCCAGACUGGAUGAAGGUCAUCAACCCCAAAACCAACGUAAAUUGGCUGAGGAAGGAUUUAUACAAAGUUUACGCCAACUUGUAUCUCAAGUUCCUGGAAGGCUACGCGGCGAAGGGGCUGCGCUUCUGGGGUCUCACGCCGCAGAACGAGCCGAGCGAGGGCCUGGCCACCGGCAAGUUCAACAAGAUGGGCUGGACCACGGACGACAUGGUCUCCUUCCUCGUGCGCGACCUCUGCCCCUUGCUCAAGGAGAAGGGACACGGCGGGGUCAAGGUCAUGAUCAACGACGACCAGAGGAGGGACGUCGCCGAGUGGCUCAAGACCUACUCCGACAAAGAGCUGUACGAAUGUGCAGCUGGCAUGGCCGUUCACUGGUACAAGGACCAGGAAACCCCAGCUGCCAUCCUGUCCAAAGCUCAUCACUUGUACCCUGAGAAGUUCUUGCUGUACACCGAGGCUUGCUUUGAGCACGAAAAAAAGGAUCCUGCAGUCACAUUAGGGAAGUGGGAGAAAGGUGCACUCUAUAUGGCUGAUAUUAUCGAGGUUAUCAACAACUGGGUGACUGGCUGGAUGAACUGGAACCUGGCUCUGGACGCGGAUGGCGGCCCCAACUGGGCGGACAACACCGUCGACUCCCCCAUCAUAGUGAACGCCACCGCGGACGAGUUCUACAAGCAGCCCAUGUUCUAUGCCAUCGCGCACUUCUCCAAGUUCGUGCCACCGGGCUCAGUGCGUGUCGGCCUCGAGCUGCAGUGGGGAGGAGGCAUAGAAGGCGUGGCUUUCCUCACGCCUGCCAACGUUACUGUCCUCGUGCUCCAGAACAGGCAAGACACAAGCUCGCUGACCUCGAUAAGUGAUCCGGUCAGGGGAACAAUGUACCUGAAACUGGAAGCGAACAGCAUGAACACUGUUCUCUACAGAUAAGAAGCACUGUGAUAGCGCUCUCUAGACGUCCUGUCAUCUCAGCUUGAGAACUGGACGACUGUGUUUGUUGCCAAAUAAAUAUAUUUAUAAUUAAUCUCACCAUCUCAGUUCGUGAACACGACGAACGAGUUUGUUGCCAAAUAUAUAUAUUUAUUAUUUUUCUCACUUA